UACUACAUUUUCUAACCAUCCCCAGGUGAUGACAGUGGAUGAAGAUUGCCCUGUUCCUUCACCCUCAGCUGGAGACGAUGUUCUUAUCAGGGUCAAGGCUGCAUCUAUCAACGUGCUGGACCUCAGGAUCCGAGAGGGCUACAUGAAUGCUCUAUACAGGUCCAGUCGCAGGAAGGCUAAGCUUCCACUGUUCCCUAUCAUGGUGGGGAGGGAUUUUGCUGGAAUAGUUGAAGAAGUUGGGCCAAAGGUCACCAAGUUCAAGCCAGGAGAUGAGGUGUGGGGAGCACUAGGACUGGAUCACACCUAUGGUAGCCUUGCAGAAUACACCAUCUGUAAGGAGGCUGCCCUGUCUCUCAAGCCAACCAACCUGACGUUUGUGGAGGCUGCUUCCUUCCCUCAUGUAGCCUUGACGUCCUGGGGAGCCCUGGUAAAGUCUGCUGGCAUGACAAAAGAAACUACAGCUGGCAAGAGGGUGUUGGUGCAUGCUGGGACAGGUGGUGUUGGUACCUUCAGUAUCCAGCUGGUGAAAGCGUGGAGCGGCCACGUCAUCACCACCUGCAGCACCUCAGGAGUGGAGCUCGUCAAACGUCUCGGUGCUGAUGACAUCAUCGAUUACAAACUGGAGAACUUUGCCACUAAGCUGUCUGAAGAACCCAAGUUAGAUAUUGUGCUGAACACUCUUGGACCCCAAGUGGAGGCCGAGUCUCUUGCACUGCUGAAGAGGGGCGGGUCCUAUGCCACGAUCGUGACCCCGGUGGUGAACAGCAUGGACAACUAUGGGAUAGUGCUUGGCCUUCUCUUUGCCUUAACACAGAAAUGGAAGAGGGCUUUGUAUCAGAGGCUGGUGCAUGGACGGAGGUUUUCCUGGGCAUUUGCUUAUGCAAAUGGAGAGAUCUUAGAUUUGGUGAAGCAAAUGGUGGAAGAUGGCAAGAUCAAGCCAGCAGUGGAGAAUGUGUUCUCCCUGUCAGACGUCCACAAGGCGUAUGAGCACCUGGCCAGAGGUCAUGCUCGGGGCAAGACAGUUAUCAACAUUGCUGACUAGGAAGAUGUUAUGUAAAAGAACAGAAUAUCACAUAAAUCCAGACACACAUAUAUCCUACAUGCCUUUGUGGAUAAACAGAUAUGCUUAUAAUACAAUUAUAUUUUUAACAAGUUGAUGCUAACUUGUCAAUAACCGAAGACACAGGAAUAAAUAAGGGCUACGUAAGUUAAUAAUAUCCUUGAAUAAAGUUCUAUGUAAUGUGUUAUCUGUCAGAUACACAUAACUUAAUGAUUCAGCAGUUGAUUUCUCUGAUUAUUUGGUGAUAAUUAUAGCUCAUUGUGUAACUGUUAGAGCAACGUUAAGGCUUUUAUUAAAUAAGAGGCACUAAAAGUUCUGCUGCUCUUGCUGUAGAUAAUCUUAGUAUGCUGCUAAAAUGUGGUGAUAUGCAUAUAAAGCAUUCCAAACCAAAUAUGUAUUAAGCUGUUGCUGCUUGGAGCUGAAGAUUUUGUGUGUUUUGAUUUUUCAAUUGAGAGACAAGAGCCUGCCUUUGUGGAAAAUUUGCAGUUCAUGUUGAUUUUUAAUUACACUGAAAGUGUAAGUGCUGUUUGUAAGUUAAAUAUACUUUAAGUAUCAAGGUUGUGGACAUAUACUUAAGUAUUCACGUAAAGUCGAACCAGUACCAUAAUGUUUUUAAAACUAUAAUUUAAAUGCAUUACAUGUGCUGACUGGGAAGUGAAAAGGAUAUAGAGAACACACAAAGGCUGCAAAUGGCACAUUUAAUGUUACACACAACUG